AAGACUGUCGGCUGUGUUGUAGUCGUUGCUGUGAGUGAUUGGAGUGUCUUGUGUGCGGAGAAUAGAAGAGAUCUCAGUGUAAUCACUCAGUGUACGGACAUCUUAUCCCAUCACUAUGAAGGAGAGAAGGAGCCCUCAGCCCUCUGUGGUCCGGUGUAAGCUCGUCCUGGUGGGGGAUGUGCACUGUGGGAAGACGGCGAUGUUACAAGUUCUGGCCAAGGAUUGUUACCCCGAGACCUAUGUACCUACAGUAUUUGAAAACUACACAGCUAGCCUGGAGACAGAAGAACACCGUGUGGAGCUCAGCCUUUGGGACACAUCAGGUUCCCCAUAUUACGACAAUGUCCGGCCCCUCUGCUACAGCGACUCUGAUGCAGUAUUGCUCUGCUUUGACGUCAGCCGGCCAGAGAGCCUAGAUAGUGCUUUGAAGAAGUGGAAAACGGAAGUUGUGGACUACUGCCCCAGCACUAGAAUACUUCUGAUUGGCUGCAAAACUGAUCUACGAACUGACCUUAGCACAAUCAUGGAGUUGUCAAACCAGAAACAGGCACCUGUGGCUUAUGAACAGGGUUGUGCUGCAGCCAAGCAAUUAGGAGCAGAGAGCUAUCUUGAGUGUUCAGCCUUCACGUCAGAAAAAAGCGUACACAGCAUAUUUCGUUCAGCGUCUUCAGUGUGUCUAUCCAAACCCUCUCCUCCGAAUCGCAAAAGCCCCGUCCGGAGCUUAUCUAAGAGACUGUUAAACAUACCCAGCCGCUCUGAAAUUAUUUCUUCAACCUUCAAGAAAGAGAAGGCCAAGAGCUGUUGUCUUAUGUAAGGCUGUACGGCUGGCAUGACACGGACACUUGCAUUAGACUUUGGACAUUCCCCAGCGUUCUUUCUCAUCACUGGCAAAGAACACCGGGCCCGGGGGUGAAGAUCCUGGGAGCAGUAGCCUCACCCCCUGGGGAUGAGCUAGCACACAGGCUGGAGCCAGAAGGGCUGAAGAGAUUUGCACAAAGACUGAUUGCACAUGAAGGAAGGAGGAUAAACCAGUACGGCGGUGGAGUUGUUCUAUUGACCACUAAAAUUCUGGAAAAAAAAGAGCUGCUUUUAAUAGAAUUAUCCCUUCCCAUACCUUGGCUUCCUCCAUGGACUUGCCAGAAAAUUCUCAUUACAGUGUUAACCCUGUGGUACUUGUGCCUGUACAAUAUUGUAUAGGUAGCAGCUGUUGGUAAAACUGCUGGUUAAAGUGGUUUUCUUCCCUGCGCUGUGAAGACUGUAUAAAUUAUUUUUUAUUUUAAUCAACCCUAAAAUCUGUAUGUGCUUGAUCUGUGAUACUAAAUUUAUUUAUUGAAAAUAUAUGGGAGAAAUCAACCCUUGACUUGUUUAUUUUGGAACAUCCUGCCUGAUAUGAAUAAACUUCUUUUUUUACAGACCUACGGCA